AUGCAUUACCACGGGUGCUGCUGCGGACGGUGCAGAGUGUCGACGUCUCCUUUGCCGGUAAUUGUCUUGAUCGCGGUGGCGCUCCUCCUAUUAGCGCUCUCCUCCGCCGUGAAAGUAGAGAUCGCUGUCUCCACAGGCGAAGAUAUCCUGAGCUGGCUCCUCCUCGCCGCUGUUCCUUUGGCUCUGCUAUUCGCCGUGCGGUGUCUCUCUUCCCUGGAUACUUCGAAGCGAUCCAUCCACUACUGUCCCUGUGGCCGCUGGAAAUGCGUUUGCUACUACUAG